AUGUCUGAUUUCCUAUACAGGAUGGCUCUCUCGCCGUCGACUUGGCAGCGGAGCUUUCGCAGCCGCGGCCGCCCUGCUCGCCUCCGCUAUCGGCGUGAUGACGUUCAACGACAUCUACGCCCACCGCGCGCGCAGCGGAGGUUUCCUGCAGGACAACAUGAGUUACGCAACCACUGCGGUUUCUUCGACCCCGACCUGGGCUGCACGCGCGCAAAGCAACUCGACCACAUCAAAGAAGGCCUUCCUCUCUUCAGCUUCUACCUGGACGGGUUUAUCUUCGAAAGCGCGAGGAACUCCGACCGCCACAACUACGACGAUCUCGUCUACUACUCCAUUGCCAAAUGCGCGAGGAACCUCGACUGCUACUACAACGACGACUACCCUUACCUUUCCUUCGUCGGGUGUGCGUGGAUGCGCGGCCGCUUCAACCACGACGACCACUUCACUACCACCACGCCUUCUACCACCACCUCUUCCGCCUACGUUCACGGAGACGCGAGCGACCCCUGCAUCUCCGAGCUUCAGGAUUGCCAGCUCGCGAACCCGUCCCAGUCUCCGUCCGUCAGUGGCAGCACGACCCGCAGUAUCAGGACAUCCAGACGUUCCACUGCCGCAUCUACUUUCCUCAAUCGCACCCACGACGUGGGCCUCGUAGCGUGCGGGCUCGCGGCCACUGCCAUCGGCGUGUUCAUAGGCCUCAUGUUACGAGAACGAGAAGAUGACCAACCCAGGGUCCCAACGUGGGGUCCAACCGGCAACGUGCCGCACCGCGUCUGA